AUGGCUUCAUCAAACUUCAACACGCCACAACAGGGCUCACUUUUGACUCCUGUGAUUGAAACAGAUCCUUCGGGUAGAGAGCGUUCUUUAUCUAUCACACCUGUUGCUGCUGCAUAUAGCCCGACAGAUCAACCUCACUCUCCCACAUCUCCUAUAUCCCCUGCAUCUCCUACAACUUCACUUUCACCAGAUAUGGCGUGGAAUCCUGGUCAUCCGGAUCCGGCACGCCUGAUGGUUCAUAAUGGCUUUCAUCGGCCUUCAUCGUCAAUAGACGGAGACACAUUACGUCCACGAUCAGAGUCUUUUGCAUCUACUGCACCUACAAUGAGCCCCAGCCGGUCUAGAACUAAUUCAGAUGUUGAUCCUUCACACACUAGCAAAGCCGUUUAUGAUGACGUGCCCUUGUCAGAGGCGCUGACACCGGAUCCCCGGAAUGAGGCUGAUUUCCUGAUCGAGAACAAUCGCUUCGCCUUCUCACCCGGUCAGCUGAAUAAGAUGCAGAACCCAAAGUCUCUUGCUGCCUUCCAUGCACUUGGUGGCUUGCAAGGAUUGGAGCGGGGCUUGCGGACAGAUCUCAGCGCAGGUCUCUCCAACGAUGAAGUUGCAUUGGAAGGCACAGUCGACUUCCAACAAGUGACGCCUCCUUUAUAUAAUAAACGACCUUCAAUAAGCAAAGCGCCUCUUGACGAGGACCUUCCCACCUCGGCGCCAGCAUCCGCUGGUCAAGGUUCACCAUUCGAGGAUCGCAUUCGUGUUUUUAGCGAAAAUCGACUGCCUGCUCGAAAGUCCACUGGCUUCUUGAAGCUUUUCUGGAUUGCAUACAACGAUAAGAUUAUUAUACUUUUGACUAUCGCUGCGGUUGUCUCUUUAUCUUUGGGUAUCUAUGAGACUGUGGAUGCAGGGACUGGUGUGGACUGGGUAGAAGGUGUGGCUAUCUGCGUGGCAAUUCUCAUUGUCACUGUCGUCACGGCUGUCAAUGAUUGGCAAAAAGAGAGACAAUUUUCCAAACUCAAUAAGAAGAAUGACGACCGUUACGUGAAGCUUAUUAGGUCUGGCAAGUCUAUGAAGUUAUCCAUCUACGAUGUAAUGGUUGGCGACGUGCUUCACCUUGAGCCUGGUGACUCAAUUCCUGCCGACGGUGUUCUCAUAUCGGGGCAUGGCGUGAAAUGCGACGAGUCAUCGGCGACCGGUGAAUCCGAUCAGAUGAAAAAGCUAGAUGGUCAUGAGGUCUGGCAGCAAAUUGUCGAGGGCUCUGCGACAAAAAAGAUUGAUCCAUUCAUGAUUUCUGGAAGUAAUGUCCUCGAGGGCGUCGGUACCUACGUUGUCACUAGCGUUGGACCUUACUCUUCUCAUGGUCGAAUCAUGAUGUCGCUACAGACUACCAAUGAUCCUACGCCACUUCAGGUUAAACUGGGUCGGCUCGCGAACUGGAUUGGUUAUCUGGGUUCAGCUGCCGCCCUUAUUUUGUUCCUCGUCCUCUUGUUCCGAUUUGUGGCGGAUCUCCCAAAUCACCCCGACAUAGGCCCUGCAGAAAAGGGAAAGGAAUUCGUUGACAUUUUGAUUGUUGCUGUUACUGUUAUCGUUGUAGCCAUUCCUGAGGGUCUUCCACUGGCGGUAACACUUGCCCUUGCCUUUGCUACUACUCGCAUGGUCAAAGAGAACAACCUAGUCCGUGUUCUUCGAGCCUGUGAAACCAUGGGAAAUGCCACUGUGAUUUGCUCGGACAAGACGGGAACUUUGACACAGAAUAAAAUGACUGUCGUCGCCGGUACCUUGGGCACUGAACAGAGUUUCAAAUCUCCAUCAGAGGACGAGGUCGAUACUUCUGCCAAAUCGACCGCCGAGUUUUUCAAAGGGUGCUCAGCUCCUACACGGAAUCUGAUGAUCAAGAGCGUUGCUUUAAACUCAACAGCCUUUGAGGAGGAACGAGAAGGCCGGAAGCAGUUCGUCGGCAGCAAGACUGAAGUUGCACUUCUCCAAUUGGCCCAGGAUUACCUAGGCAUGGAUCUCGCUUCUGAGCGAGGGUCUGCCGAGAUUGUCCAGCUUAUUCCUUUCGAUUCUUCGCGCAAGUGUAUGGGCGUCGUAUACCGUCACCAUAGCUCUGGAUACAGACUUCUUGUUAAAGGUGCAUCGGAGAUUAUGGUCGACGCUUGCAAUACACAAAUCACAGACAUUGACAUGACUGAGAAGAAUCUUUGUGCAGUCUCAUUGUCCGAGAAAGAGAGACAGGUGAUUUUGGAAACCAUUGACCAGUACGCCAAAAGGUCCCUUCGCACGAUCGGUAUAGUGUACAAGGACUUUGCUUCGUGGCCACCAAAGGAGGCCAAACUACAUGAAGAUAAUAAUUCUGCGGCCGACUUUGACGAUGUCUUCCGAGACAUGACUUGGGUCGGAGUUGUGGGAAUCCAAGAUCCCCUUCGUCCUGAGGUUCCCCAGGCGAUUCGAAAGUGUCAUUCUGCCGGUGUGCAGGUGAAGAUGGUCACCGGUGAUAAUGUUGCAACUGCCACCGCGAUUGCAACUUCCUGUGGCAUUAAGACCGAAGAUGGACUGGUCAUGGAGGGUCCCAAGUUCCGAAAACUUUCGAAUGAAGAGAUGGAUCUCGUGGUCCCCCGUCUACAAGUCUUGGCGCGUUCUUCACCAGAGGACAAGCGUAUCUUGGUUGAGCGCCUCAAGGCUCUUGGAGAGACUGUCGCUGUCACCGGCGAUGGUACUAAUGACGGCCCUGCUCUUCGCACCGCGGACGUCGGCUUCUCAAUGGGAAUUGCCGGUACCGAAGUUGCGAAGGAAGCCAGCUCAAUCAUCUUACUUGACGAUAACUUCCGGUCGAUUGUCACUGCCAUUUCCUGGGGGCGAGCUGUCAACGACGCCGUUGCCAAAUUUCUCCAAUUUCAGAUUACCGUCAAUAUCACAGCUGUCGUGUUGACAUUUGUCUCUUCCGUCUACAGCAGCUCGAACAGCAGUGUUCUUAGUGCUGUACAGCUUCUCUGGGUGAAUUUGAUUAUGGAUACAUUUGCUGCCCUGGCUUUGGCAACCGAUGCUCCAACAGAGCAGAUCCUUGACCGCAAACCCGUACCCAAAAGUGCUUCGCUCUUCACCUUGACGAUGUGGAAAAUGAUUCUUGGCCAAGCAGUCUACCAACUUGCCAUCACCUUCAUGCUCUACUUUGCCGGCGACAAGCUUCUCGGGGCUCACCUGGACAACGAUGAUCUGGAGCUCCGCUCGAAGCAGCUCUCCACAGUCGUUUUCAAUACAUUCGUUUGGAUGCAAAUCUUCAAUGAAUUCAACAACCGUCGCCUUGAUAAUAAGUUCAAUAUAUUCGAGGGAAUGUUACGGAACUACUGGUUCCUGGGUAUCAAUGCCGUAAUGGUCGGCGGACAAGUCAUGAUCAUCUACGUUGGUGGCGCAGCCUUCGGCGUGACCCGACUGAGCGGUAUUCUUUGGGGAGUCUGUAUCAUCUGCGCGCUGGGUUGCUUACCGUGGGCUGUCGCUCUGCGCAUACUACCUGACCGACAUUUUGGCAUUGUUUUCAAUGCUGUUGUCCGUGCGAUAUCAUUCGUCCUGCGACCUAUUGCCAAAGCAUUCAAUGCUUUCGUCCGGGGCACAAAGGCCGCUUUUCGACCUCUAGCGCGCACGACUCGUCGGGCGUUCUCUCGAUCUGGAAAGCAGACUGACAAAAACGAGCAGGAGUUAUCCAAUAACCCUGCUACCAACAUGUCUCAUGUUAUCGAUGAAGAAGCUCCUGCUCCUGCUCCGGCGAAACUGGCUCGGCAGGAAAGCCCCGAGCGUCCGCAAACGCCACCGGCGAUUGCUGUGCCUCCGAUUACGGUUACGAUCUCUCCUUAG